AUGACAUUCUUCUUCUUCUUGAGCUUAUGUUGCUUCAUUGGUCUUCUAUAUUCAUCAACUUUGGAAGCUGAAGCAUGGGGCUCCCCCUACGUGCCCAUCUCUUCUCUCAUAAGCAAAAAAAAUUUUAACACCCUUUUUCUACACAAAGAUGACACUGCAUGCCCUGCCAAAGACUUCUACACCUACGACUCGUUCAUUCAUGCAUCCAAAUUCUAUCCCACAUUUGGUACUACUGGUUGUUUAACCACACGCAAGCGUGAGAUUGCUGCAUUUCUUGCUCAAAUUUCCCAUGAAACCACCGGUGGAUGGGCCACUGCACCUGACGGUCCAUAUGCUUGGGGCUUGUGCUUCAAGGAAGAAAUAAACCCUAAGAUUAAUUACUGUGAUUCUACUAACAAACAAUGGCCUUGCUACCCAGGCAAAAGUUACAAGGGAAGAGGACCCAUUCAACUUUCUUGGAACUAUAACUAUGGGCCAGCAGGGAAGGCUUUGGGGUUUGAUGGACUGAGGAGCCCAGAGAUUGUGUCGAACGAUUCAGUGAUUGCCUUCAAAACUGCGCUGUGGUUUUGGACGACAGAGAGAAAGGCAGAACCUUCUUGCCACGAUGUGAUGGUGGGAAAAUAUGUGCCAACAGAAGCUGACAUAGCAGCUAAUCGAACAGCUGGUUAUGGCUUGGUGACUAACAUAAUCAAUGGUGGGCUAGAAUGUGGAAUUCCUGGUGAUGCAAGAGUAAAUGAUAGAAUUGGAUUUUUUGAAAGAUAUGCUAAGUUGUUCAACGUCGACACUGGACCUAACUUAGAUUGUGGAUAUCAGAAACCCUUCUAA